UCCCCGUUCGCGCAAAACCCCUCUCGCGUCCCCCGGGAAUAGGAAAUCCACCGCGCGAAGCCUCCAAUCCAAUCUCCUCGGAGCCGGCCGCCGCCUCCACCGAAAUCCCCGGCGCCCACCCCCCGGCCCACUGCUUCAUCCCCGCGCCCCAGCCGCGAGGGAUUCGGGGGAUUUCGCGGCCGCCCGGCCCAAUUCCGCUCCGGCGCGCAAAAACCCUCGCCCCAAUGCCCCGGCGGGCCGCCGCCUGAGCCCGCCGCCGCAGCAUGGGGAGGACCAAGUCGCGGCCGUCGCGGGCGAGGGGGCUCGGCGCCUGCGCCGCGGAGCCCGACGCGCCGAGCCCUAGCGGCGCCGGCUCCUCCAAAUCGAAGCGCGCGGCCAAGGGCGAGGCGAGGAGGGACGUCCUCGUGGAGGCGGGCGGCGGCGCGAGUGGUGGCCCCGUAGACGACCGCCGCGACCUCGCCGAGCUGGUCCUCCGCGACGUGACGCUCGGGGGCGAGGGCAAGUUGGAGGGGGCCGGCCCCGGGGCGCCGGGAGAUGGGUCCUCGGGGAACGGGGGGAGGCCCUCGCUGCGCCUGCGGGUGCGGGACGCGCCGGAGGACGGGUUCAGGCUGGGCCACUGGCCCGUGGUGCCGUCGGAGUGCGUGCUCUUGGAGUAUCACGCAGAGGAGCUUGGGGGCGGCGCGUUUGUCUCGGGCUGCUUUGAUGGCCCUGACGAAGGUGUAUCCGGCCUUGCCCAUUUGGUCAGCUUGGGGUUCAUGACGCUGCGGGUUUGGGAGUAUAGCUCAUUGCCGAGUGACGGUGAUGAUUUGACGCCGGCCAUAGUGCUCCGGGUCAGAGUGGAGGUGACGGACCGGGCUUUCGAUGUGUGUGGAUCGCUGCUGGAGGUCGCGAGGCAGCCCUGGAGGAAGAGCUUGAUGAAUGUGAUGGCCUGGGUUCGCCCCGAGGUCACCACGUCGGCUGUCAUGUAUGGGAUGGAUGGUCUAGUUCCAGCGAUGGACGGUGAUGAUGAGUGUGACUUUGCCCCGAAGAGCGACUCACAGUUUGAUCUUGCUGCUUUCUACGAAGCCGUUAAGCCUUCGAUGGAUGCAGAGCUACUGAAAGAUGAGCUUCCUGAUUUACUUCCUCAUCUCAGACCAUACCAACUUCGUGCAGCAAAUUGGAUGGUUCAGCGUGAAAAGGGAAAUACAACUGUUCCAUCACCCAAUGAGGACUAUGUUCAUCAUGCACCCUAUUGUGUUCCCAUAGAUUUUAUUAGCAAGCAUUCGAGGAUGUUCUACAAUCCCUUCAACGGAAAUGUUUCAUUGCAACCAGAGCCUUCUCCACCUCAUGUCUCUGGGGGGAUUUUGGCUGAUGAAAUGGGCUUGGGUAAAACUGUUGAGCUUUUGGCUUGCAUUUUUGCCCAUCGUAGCACAUUUUCCGUAGAUCGUUCUGUCUCUCGAACCAGAAAAGAAAUAGAUCUGAUAAGUAGGCAGAAAAGAGAUAGAGUUGAAUGCAUUUGUGGGGCUGCAAGUGAAAGUUCUGCAUACAAAGGGAUAUGGGUCCAAUGUGACAUUUGUGAUGCUUGGCAACACGGUGAUUGUGUUGGUUACUCACCCAAGAAAGGCUUAACCUUUGACGAUGAUGAUGUGUUGUCAAGGAAUGAAAAAGGCACCAUGAAGUCUAAAAGUAGAAGGCAGAAGAGAGCCAAGUUUUCUAUUGCAGAGACGGACGAACACUACAUUUGUGCGGUAUGCUUGGAACUUGCUGAAGCAGCUCAAACUACUAUUUUCAGUCAUGCUACAUUGAUAGUAUGCCCGUCACCGAUAUUGGCACAGUGGCACUCCGAGAUUACCCGACACACAAGGCCAGGAUCUCUGGACGUUCGCAUUUAUGAAGGUGCAAGGAACUUCUCAGCUUCUAACCAAAGAAAUGAUCUGACUGAAAUAAGCACUGCUGAUGUUGUUUUGACAACUUAUGAUGUCCUAAAAGAAGAUCUAUCUCAUGAUUCUGAUCGGCAUGAUGGUGAUCGCCGUUUCUUGAGAUUUCAGAAGAGGUACCCUGUCAUUCCAACUGUCCUAACAAGGGUCCACUGGUGGCGGCUUUGUUUGGAUGAAGCUCAGAUGGUAGAGUCCAGCAAAACUUCUGUUACUGAGAUGGCGAUGAGGCUAAAUGCGCAACACCGUUGGUGUGUUACAGGAACUCCAAUACAACGCAGGCUUGAUGAUCUCUUUGGCCUUCUACGUUUUCUCAGAACAAGUCCAUUUGACACAUAUAGGUGGUGGGUGGACGUUAUUAGAGACCCAUAUGAGAGGGGAGAUAUGAUAGCUAUGAAUUAUACACACAAGUUCUUCAAGGAAAUCAUGUGGCGCUCCUCUAAAAUUCAUGUCUCGCGGGAAUUACAGCUGCCUCCACAAGAAGAGUGUUUCUUGUGGCUCAUCUUUUCUUCAAUUGAAGAAUAUUUCUAUCAGAAGCAGCAUGCAACUUGCAUGGACCAUGCACAUGAAAUUAUUAAACGCUUAAGAAAUGAUGCCAACAGAAGGGAACUAACAUCAGAUUCAAAUGCUUUAUCAAAUGCGUACCUCUCCAACAACGACACUGCCAAACUUCUAGUCCCACUGCUCAAGCUUCGGCAGGCCUGUUGCCAUCCGCAAGUGGGGAGUUCUGGUCUCUGCUCUCUGCAACGUACUCCUUUGUCCAUGGAUGAAAUUUUACAGGUUCUUAUUGGUAAAGCAAAAGUUGAAGGGGAGGAAGAACUUAGAAAAGUUGUUGUUUCCCUGAAUGGUCUUGCUGGAAUUGCUAUCAUUGAACAAAAGAACCAAGAAGCUAUCUCUUUGUACAAAGAAGCACUAGAUUUAGCUCGCCAAAAUUUUGAUGAUUUCCGUGUUGACCCGUUGUUGAAUCUUCAUAUCAACCACAAUCUUGCGGAGCUGCUCAGAACUAGUUCUGAAUAUUUGCAUGAAUGCACACCAAAAAUACAACCUCCUGUUGUCUACUACAGACGUAAAAGAAAGGAAACUAGCCAUGCGGAUUCAGAUCUACGUGGUGUAAAGCGAAAUAAGAUAUCCGAGAACAUCGGCUCAGUUUUGGCAGCUGGUAGUCCUGAAACCUCUGAGUACAAAAAUGUUGUUGGACAAGCAUCCAUAAGUGUGGAGUUGGAUGCAGAGAAUCGUACUGGAUGCCACUUGUCAUCUGAGUGUUUUGCUGAUGGUUGCUUGAGAAAGAAAUGCAACACACUCAAAGAAAAAUAUUUAUCAGUUUUUACUACAAAGCUAUUAAUAGCACAGAAAGAUUUCAGUGCAUCAUUUGAAGAGGUCACAACUCUUAAUAAAGAACUACGAAAUCAGGGUAUGGGCUGGUGGCUAUACGCUUUGGAUUGCAUUGAAAAGAAUAAGGAUGAUACUGAUGAGCUUUUUAAGAAGAUUGAUAGUUUAUCCACCAAGAGCACCACUGGCUUGGGCACAGGGGCGAUAUCGUCCAGGGUUAAAACUAUUGCUGGCUUGAAGUAUACUAUUCAAGCUGGUAUUGACUCCCUGGAAGGUUCAAGGCAACAAUUAAUGGGUAGGCUAUUGGAAAUUAACAAAACAAUGGAUAACCCAAGGGACGAGGACAUUGAGAGUCAGAGAUAUUGUCCAAAGUGCUAUGAUGGUACUGGUUCUUUGUGCAUCCAGUGUGAAUUAGAUGGGCUGUCUCAGGGGUAUGAGGCACGACUCUUUGUUGUUAAGAAAUCGAACAAUGAUUCUGUUAUUGCUUCAGUAGAUGAAGCACGGGAUGUACAGAGGCGAAACUAUGAGUUGAAUCACUUUUUCCGUAACAAAAAAACUAAUGAAGGAUCUGAAGUUGGUGGCAACAAUGAUAAUCCAAGAUCUGUUCGGGAAAAUAUACAGGUCUACAGGCAUCCUUCUCAAACCGAGACUGCUCUAAGGGCUAUUCGAACCCACUCAAGGAGAGUAUUGGGAAAGCAAUAUGUUGAAAUUGCUAAGAAGCAUUUACUUCUUUUUGAGGCUAUGCGCAAGGAGUUUUCUCUUGCAAGGAGUUUGUCAAUUGCUCAGAACCAAUUAUUGCGUGCUCAUGAUGAGAUCAAGAUGUCUAUCUCACGGCUGCAGCUCAAAGAGAAUGAUGAUGAGCCCAGUGCUGUCAAUAUUGUAACCAGAGAAGAGCUUAUUCCAUACAACGUGCAGUUCACAAGUGACAAGUUCUUGGCUCUAACAUCUUUAGCUCGUAUAAGAGGCCAACUCCGGUACUUGAAGGGAUUGAUGCUGCCCAAGUCAGGCAACACUGUUGCUACAGCGACUUCCUUCCCUGCCACAGAGCAAAUUGGUUCUGAGAUUAGCAAUGAACCAUGCCCAGUUUGUCAGGAGAAAAUUCUCGAGCAGAAAAUGGUUUUCCAAUGUGGCCACUCCAUGUGUUGCAAGUGCUGUUUGUACCUGACAGAUCGAGCUGCUGGGAAGCACAAAAAAUGGAUUAUGUGCCCUACAUGCCGUCAACGUACAUAUCUUGAGAAUGUUGCUUUUGUGGUUGAGAAACAGAGUGAAAAUGCUGAUAAACAAGCUGAUGAUUUGACAGAAGCCGCUAUUUCUGUCCAAGGCUCAUACGGAACAAAGAUUGAAGCUGUGACAAGAAGAAUUUUGAAGAUCACUUCCAGUGAUGGGGAAGCCAAAAUACUUGUUUUUUCAAGUUGGAAUGAUGUCCUUGAUGUAUUAGAGCAUUCCCUUGCUGCUAACAAUAUAUCUUAUGCUCGGAUGAAAGGAGGAAGAAAAUCACAAUUGGCGCUCUGUCAAUUUAAAGGCCUGGAAUCCAGUAUAAAUGGAGAGAAAACGAAGAAGGCAGUUUCCAAAACACGGCCUGUUCAAGUAUUGCUAAUGCUUAUCCAGCAUGGCGCAAAUGGUCUGAAUCUACUGGAAGCACAGCAUGUGAUUCUACUGGAACCAUUACUAAACCCAUCAGCUGAGGCACAAGCUAUCAGUAGGAUCCAUAGAGUUGGGCAAGACAAGAGCACAUUCAUCCACCGAUUUAUAGUGAAGAAAACAAUAGAAGACAGCAUAUACAAAAUGAACAGGGGCAGAAAUGUCUGCUCCACGAUCAAACGCAAGUCAAAGAACUUCAAAGACGAGCUUGCUCUGACGCUGAAGGAUGUCGAGUCACUGUUUCCGGUGGCAACACCUGAUCAACCUCCAGAGGAGGACGAUAAGGAUCACGGUGAUAGCCUGAGGAGUUUACCUCCGUCUGUUGCUGCGGGGUUGGCUGCUGAAAUGAGGGCUAUCAAUGGAGCAACAUGAUUAACCACCAUUAAGUUAACAGAGGUAGUCUUGGUCUAACCGGAAAUUCCAGUGCUCGUCUGAAUCUCGAGGUUACAGUAGACGACACUAAUUUUAGACGAAUGUAGACGGUAUGGUCAUGAAGUUCUGGCAUCACCGAUUGAAUGGCGUAGAGCACUGGUGCCUGUGUGGCCGUUUAUGAAGACGGUGAACUUGUACUCCCUCCAUAAAGAAAUAUAAGAGUGUUUAGAUCACUACUUGUGAUCUAAAUGCUCUUAUAUUUCUUUACAGAGGGAAUUCUUUGUCAUGUGUCGUGAACCAUCUCAUUUUCUAUCUUUGUCAUGGUGAUUCUGCCAUACAAGUUGUGUCAGGUGUACUAUUUGCAUGAACGUAGCAUGUACAGUAUAUUUGUUUUAGAACUACCGCAGGCAGCAUGUACAGUUUGUGUCAUUGAUAGCGUA